CUGAAUCAUCGAUUGCUUGUGAGGGGAAACAGAGUGAUGGGACCAAAGCGAAGGGAAAGCGGAAAGUGAUCACUGUUCGGGCUGUGAUUGGUAUUAUUCUAUUCAAGAUUUGGAAUAAAGCGUUACAAACAUGUGUACACUAUUUUGUGUUUGCAUGGCAGGUGUGAAGAAUGACUUCCUGCUCAGAACUCUGUGGGUCUGACCAUGGCGAGCGAUCUCAGAGCACGGUGCACAACCACCACCAGCACUACGGGGUCCGGUCCUACCUGCACCACUUCUAUGAGGAGUGCACAGCCUCCAUCUGGGACCGGGAUGAAGACUUUCAGAUUCAGAAAUCACCCAGCAGGUGGAGCGCUAUCCUUGGGAAGGUCUGUCUCGCGUUUGGGACCCUGAUGCUAGUCGUUGGUCUGACCGUGUUGACCGUGGGCUUCGCCGCCCCGCCCAAAAUCGAAGCCUUCGGCGAGGAAGAGCUGCUCUUUGUGGACAAGCGCGCCGCGCACUUCAACCGGGCUCUGGAAGUCUGCAAGCUGGUCGGCGGCGUCCUGUUCUGCGCAGGGGGCGUCCUGGCGGCCGCGGGCCUGCUGCUGUCCAGCUUCACCCGGGGGGAGCCCAGCGAGGAGCGCUGCUUGCAACGGAGGUUCAAGGAGAAGCUCGCCGAGCUGCAGGCCGCCGUCCACCCCAUCAGGAAGGCUCCCACGCUCGGAGAGUGGAGGAUCCCCGUCACCCUAUCCAAAGCGCAGAACAUUCAGCCGGUUUCUGAGACCUGAUGCGUCCCACUGGGCCAGCUUACGUGGUGAAGAGCGCAGUAGAUGCUAAUGUAAAAGCCCCUUAGGAACUGGGCACUCCUGAUUAUUGGUAAGAUUGGGCUUUGGCAGGACAUUUAGAAUGGCAAUGGCAACAGUCUCAGUUCAGUGUAGCAGGACGAAGUGACCAUUUUUCUCUUUUAAUAUUCAGCACUGUUAAUGUUGUAUCUGUUUUUAUUACAAUAUAAUUGGGUACUAACACUGUUUGUGAACAUCAGUUAGCUGUAGUUCUGGAGUGCUAAUCUGAAUGUUUUGCACUGACCUAUAGGUGCUGCUCUGUGUCAGAGCACCAGACUAAACUCUACAACUGAAUUUUGUCUUAAUGGUGCAAAUGGAAUUUUAAGCUUACCUUUUCGUCAGUUCAACUAAAUUCCAGGCUCCUGAUAAAUGGGUGGAUUGAUGUUUUGAAAUGUUGAAACUCAUUCCUGGUGCAGUUUGAAUCUCCAGAUGAUUUUUUUAAAAAGCAUUUUUUGACACAAAACACAAUGCUGUAAAUCGCAAAAUGAAAUCAAUGGGAUACAAGACAGAGGGUGACAUCGCUGAGGCCUACAGCUGAAAAAAUGUGUCAGAUUUUGCACAUUGACAGAUUAAGUGCACAUUAUGCAUUUAAUUCACAUACAGCAUCGGGACUCUGCGUCUUCUGAGUCCAAUGCUUCCCUUUCAGCUACCCUGGAGCAGUCUUCACACUCUAUCCUGGGGCCCACUGUGCAUGCUGGUUUUCUUACAGUCAAUAUCUUUAUCAAUUAAGGUCGCUAAAAGCAUGGGUUUAAUUUCUAAUAUCAUUUUUUACUUAGGCUUAUUCCAACAUCAUGCAGAUCUGGCUCAUUCCCAUUUGCUCUGUCAUUCUUGGUCAACUCAAAUUUUUUGCAUAGUUUCAGUGACCAGGUAACCAUACUGUAGUGAAGUUUGGUCAGGCUUAUUCAGAACAACACAACAACCGAACAGAAUUUUGCACAUCUGUAGAGCCCAAUUUAGUGAAAUAACAUAGACAAGACAAAGUUUAAUCAGCCUCACAAAAUUAAGUUAAAGUUAAAACAACAAGGUCAGGGAAUUUGCUAUUUCAGACCAACACAUGGAUAGCAAAACACACACAACAACAGUAGUAAAAUGACUUAAUCAGGUAUUACAAGUUUUAUGCUAUCCUAUUGUUUGAUGUCAGUGUAAAAUAAAAUGCAUUUCAAUACUUAAUAGCAGUAGAAAGAGAGGACAUUCCUUAAUUCUGUUAGGUGAUGCAUCAGCUCAUCAGCUGGUCUAAGGCCACUGCUGGUGUGUGUGAUCCUGGAAGACUUCUUUGUAAAAGCCGGGGUCACGACUGGUUCCAGUCAAGGCAACUUGGUUAUGCAUAGAUCUUCCACUUGGGUCAGGCCGCAUGGGAUAUAUUGCAGAAAAAGCCUGUAGAUACUUGUUCCUCAAAACAGCUGUCAAUGGGAAAUAGACCAGCAUUAUGUAUUUCAUGGACGAUGGCUGGCCAACUCAGGCAGGUCUCAGUGAUUGAGUGAGGUGCAAGUUGAAACGCGCAGCUAAGUCCGGCAAUGUCCUUAAGCAGUGCAUCUGGUUGGGUAGACAAGUGUCUUUACCCUCAGAGCAAAGUUGUUAAGUUUUUUUUGUAAGAUUUUAUGCUCACAAAGUCACUGAUGCAACAGAACCCCAUGUUUGUUCCCUGGAACCUUAUUGGUAGAUUACUUUGGGUACGCAAACAUAUGAUUGGCUCAUGGUAUUGGAGCUGUUAAUCAAACAGUUACCACUGAUUUAAUGUUUAAAGCGUAUUAAAUCUGAUUCUCUUCAUUUUCCUCCUGCCCAAAACUGAUGUCUAACUGAUGAAGCAGUGAGUUUAUUGCAGGGUCACAAGAGGAAGGGGGCAGUCACAUCAUUAUGCCCUUGUUGACCAGAGAUGUUAAUUGUGUACGUGACUCAGAAGAGGAUCAGUUCUAUGGCCAGGGAAGGAGGAUCCGUCCCAUGGCCAGGGAGCCAAAGGCCAACAAUUUCCUGUGUAUAGUUAUACAAUACUUUCAAUCAUUAGGACCCCAAUUAUUUCAGCAGUCAAUAUAUAAUUAAAUCAAACAAAAAAUGUACCCACUUUCUAAAGGCAUAAUUUGUUAUACAGCAUGAAACAGAAAAUGAAGGCAUCAGUUGACCUGACUGAUUAGUAAUUAUGGAGUGUGAAUGUAGAAUGUUUUCUCUUUGUGACAUACACUAUUUCUAAUGUACUAUGACCUUAAGAGGGUAUAUCAUCCUUCAAUAGACAUAAAGGGCCAGAUUUAUGUACAUAAAACUCUAAUUGCAGCCUGAUGAGUGUACUGUAUGUCGGUGUGUUUGCAGUGAAAUUAACGUCUCAUUUACUAAGGCUACAUGCUAAUUACAUAAUCAGACAUGGACAUUACGCAAUGGGACUGCCUACAAAUCACAUUUUGUGUACAGUAUGUAGCAGAGCUUAAAUGACACAAUUAAAAAAACAACUCUUGUUUAGUGCAUUGAA